AUCCAGGUAGAUAAACAACUUCAUGUUUUCAUCAAUCGGUCUGCCACGCGCACAUUGCGACCACUUCAGCGACACGGCUAGAAAGCUCGGUUUCUCUGCGUGUGAAUUAGGAAGGUAGCCCAGUUAGCCUAGCCUAGGCCUAGCGUCAUGGAUUACUCGGGGUAUUCUUAUGAGAUUGAGUUGAUAGAGCAGUUGCAGAAUUCGUUUGCUAAGCAUGAAUCAACAAUGAUGUAUCUUUCACAAUUAAGUGAUCCUCGAAACUCAUUUCUGUUCUUCUUUCCGAUCGUGUAUUCACUGAGCAGGGUCGUGGGCUUGAAAGUUCUUUGGGCUGCUGUUAUUUCAGAAUGGGUGAAUGUCAUUCUAAAGUGGUGUUUGUUCGGUCAACGUCCUUAUUGGUGGGUUCAAGAAACAGAUGUAUAUGCAAAUGGAGGGCGUCCUAACCUCAAACAGUUUGAGCUAACUUGUGAGACAGGACCUGGUAAUCCAUCAGGGCACUGUCUCGUAACUAUGGCUGUCUGGUUUAUCAUGAUGUCAGCCUUGUCUGCCGAUCUGGAGAAAACCGCCCUCAAACAGCCAGCAAAGAAACCUGCAAACUUAAAGGAAGAGAGGGAAGCAGACAAGAAGGUGGUGAGUCCAGCAAUCCCGUGGGGGUUGUUGGCCGCUCUUGCAGUCCUUGUUUGUAUCUCCAGGGUGUUCAUAGCAACACACUUUCCUCACCAGACUCUCAUUGGUGUUGUUAUAGGAGUGAUUGUUGGUAUUGCAGUAGACAGAAUGGAUGUCACAAAGGUCGGCCUUAAAACCUACAUCACUGUUACAAUCUUCCUUGCUUCUGCAGUAGUAGGCCAGUGCUUAUUAAUGCAACAGCUAGGUGUCGACCCAAACUGGACCCUUCAGCUUGCUGCAAAAUGGUGUGCACGACAGGAAUGGGUGCACUUGGACACUACAGCAUUUUUCAGCAUCGCCCGCGAUCUCGGUGCGCUAUUUUUCGUUGGGUUGAUGCAGUACUUGCCAAUACGGCCAAAAGGUGUGCUGUCAUCAUUGCCAAUGUUCCUGACCAUGGUUUCUUCGGUAGUUCUCUCUCAAGUUCUUGAGAAGAUUCCUCUACAAGUCGAUAACAUAACAUUGUUUUAUAUUUUAGGUGGCUUGAAAUAUGGGCUUAUCUUGUCAUGUGUUGUCCUGAUUAACUCACUUUUUUCAUAUGUUUUUGUUAAGGAUAAAACGGAUUAAAUAGGAUAAAAAUUUAAUAUAAUGGUGCUAUAACGUUUUUAAAGUGUAUAUUAUUUUUCUCUUUUAUUGUUUGAGGAUAUCACCCACUUUUAUUUCAUUCUAUGUUUAUUCAAAUUUUAUUGAAUUAAAACAAUAUCCAACAUAACAAAUAGGCAAGACAAGAUAACAUACAGGGAACUAAUAAAUGUUCAGCAAAGGUCAAUCCAUGGCUAACUAAUUAAUUCCUACAGUACUUUUGUCAUUUAAUUUAUUUGCUUUUUAAUCCACCAUGACUGACUAGUUAUUUCAAGGUACUGUAUAUUAUUUUAGAAUUGUUUUUGUUUUUAAUAAUAUUUUUCAUAAUUUUAAUGAUAAACUUGUUCAUAAACUAUCAUUUAAAAAUUGCUGUCUAUGGAGAAGCAGCCACAGUCUAUUUGUGGUUUAUAAACCUGGUUAUGCAAAUUAAAGGGAAGUUGUAAUCAAGAAAAACAGGAACCAAUGCUAUCUGUACACGUUGCAAGGACAGGACUGUAGAGAUACUAUGCCCUAGUAUAUAACUCUUUUUUUUUAGUCAUAUAGUCUGAUCCAUUCAUGUAGUAAGGAACUGAUUCAAAUGUAAACAGUUACUUUUUAAAUGUCUUAGCAGAUCUGUUCUGAAGGGAUGCUAUGUUUAUCCACUUUUUCACAAAUACAGUAUAAUAAAGCAUACUGAUUAUUUUUUUUGCCACACCCUUUUGGAACGUCAGUUAAUAUUGUGUACUCCAUUUGAAUGCUGCAAUAUAUAUAAAUUAGAAUAUUAUAUAAUAUAAUUAUAUAAUAUACAAUUAACAUCACACGUCGGUCUGGUCAUAUAUAUUGUAACAUAAAGAUGAAUAGAGCAGUCUAUUUAGAAUGUUGCAGUGUACUGCAAAUACGCACUAUUAUAAAUAAUUUUAUAUGGUUUUUUAAAAUAUUUUUUAUGGUUUUUUUGAACUUAAUAAAAUAAAAUUUAUAUGUAA